AUGCCUUCUCAUAUCCUCCUUCAAAACGCAACCAUCCUAGUCCCAUCCCAUGAACCGAAUGACUAUGUGGUGGCUCUGCGGGGCCAUUCAUUACUGAUUACGGACCACAAAAUUGCGCAAAUCCAACAAGAUAUCACUCCUCCAACUGGAGCGGAAAUCAUUGACUGCACUGACAAAAUUGUCUCUCCUGGCUUUAUCGAUACGCAUCACCAUCUAUGGCAGACGCAAUUGAAAGGGCGCCAUGCCAACCAGACCCUGUUGGAAUAUAUGCCAGUGAACAUGCAACAUGCCAACUACGAACCCGCGGAUGUGUUCUGGGGUGAGCUUGGAGGCUGCCUUGAAGCCUUGGAUGCAGGUACCACGACGGUUGUAGAUCAUGCCCAUGUAAAUGUUUCGACCGCUCAUACUUCAAAUGCAAUCGAGGCAACAGCGUCAUCUGGGAUCAGGUCCGUGUUCUGCUACGCACCAACUAUGCGUAUCAAGACCUUCCAGCCUGACCUCAGCCUUGACGGUGGCCUGUUGGAUGAAUGGGUGAUUGAUCAUUUGAGGCACCUGGGUGCUACUGCUCCUUUUGGAGACGGGCGGAUCCAGCUGGGAUUGGCUUUUGAUGGGUUCAUGCUACCAAAGGAACAAGUUGUCUCUCUCUAUACAGAAGCACGCAAGCUCGGAGUGAAGGUAAUCACGUCUCAUUACGUGAGGGGGUAUUUCGCCGAACAGUCACUUGUUGACACCCUCGACUCGUAUAAUCUUCUGGGACCGGAUAUCCUCUUUUCGCAUGCCACCAAUCUCACAGAGACUGACAUUCCAAAGCUCACUCAAGCUAAAUCUUGGAUCUCCACUACACCAGAUACCGAGUUGCAAAUGGGUCACGGAAAUAUUGUUUGUUUCCGAGAGGGCUGUACCAACAUGUGUGCUUUGGGAAUUGAUUGCCACAGCAACAACUCCGGCGACAUGGUCUCACAGAUGCGCCUUGCUCUGCAGCAUGAGAGAUCCUGUCGCAAUGAGCAAGUCAUCAGUCAAGGCAAAAUAGCCGUAUCGCUAAAUCUUUUCGUCCAAGAUGUGUUCCGUCUUGGCACUAUACAAGGAGCACGAGCUAUCCAUAUGGAGGAUAAGCUGGGAUCGAUCGAAGUUGGAAAAUUUGCGGACCUUGUCAUCUUUGAUGGCAACAGCCCUGGAAUGGUCUGCGCAUCUGAGGAAGACCCAGUCGCGGCUAUCGUUCUUCACUCAUCGGUUCGUGAUAUCGAUACUGUGAUUGUCGAUGGCCACAUCAGGAAGCGCAAUGGAAAGCUGUGCACUGUGAAAGUCGAUCCACUUAUGACCGACGUGACUAUCCCUCGGCAAAGCGUGGAGUGGAAUCAGGUUGCCAGGCAGCUGAUUUCUAGCCGAAAACGGAUCGACGACGCCAUAGCAAAGGCAGGUGCUAACGAGCCCGAACGAUUGGUCAAGGCUUUUACAAAGCUUGCGUAUCUUGACGAGAGCAAGUUUGUGAAGUUGUAA